AUGGAUGACGAACCCCGGAGGCUUCGACUGCUGUUCCUGGACGCCUACGACUCAUUCGCGAACAACAUCAUAGCACUCUUUGAGCACACAUUCGCUACUACAGUCACCCGUAUCUACAUCGAUGAUCAGCGGUACUGGGAUUCAGCAGCCCUCUGUGCUCGGAAGGAUUUCUUCUCAUUGCUCAACUCGUUCGACGCCGUGAUUGCAGGGCCUGGUCCGGGCACGCCUCUGAAUGCACGGGAUGUCGGCCUCAUCGGAGAACUCUGGAGCCUGUCACCGGAGUCACGGCUACCAGUAUUAGGGAUAUGCCUGGGGUUUCAGAGUUUGGCACUUGCUUUUGGCGCGACGAUCGAGAGACUCAACAAACCGCGGCAUGGAAUCAUCACCGAGGUCGAUCACAGGAGAACCCACUUGUUCAGGGAUCUUGAGGACAAGUUUUUGGCAACGCAGUAUCAUUCUUUGCAUGUCAACAUACAAAAUGUUGUUCAGACGAAGCGGGAGGUUGACCAUGUAACAGAGCCAUGGUUCCCCUCUCAGGCUUGCCCAUCACUGCUACCUCUAGCAUGGGAUUAUGAUCUCGACAUUCACAAUGGGGCAGUGCUCAUGGGUGUUAUGCAUACAAAUACAAGCAUCCCGUUCUGCGGCAUCCAAUACCAUCCUGAGUCAAUUUGCACCGACUCUGAAGGCGCAAAGAUUGUCGGAAACUGGCUUAGGCAUGUCCGCGCGUGGAAUGCAAAGCAUCGCGUUGGGGAGACGAAUCCAAUGCACCUCAGAGAAACUCCUCAAGCAGCUGAAAACGGCGCUCACACCAGCCCGCUUCGCCAACAUAGUCCCCUCCGAGUAAAGAAGACGUCACCAUCGCAUCGCAGAAGUGCCAGCUGGGCCGCGGUCAAAGUACUGGCAGAGCAACUGCCAACGGCAAACGGCGACUACAUCCGACGGCUGUCACAAACGCUGAAUAUAGUCGACAACCCUACAGCGUCCGGAAGAUCGAAGCUAUUGUCUCUCAUGUCAGCACACUUGAACACAUCGGAUGAGCCGAAUCAGCCGCGGGUAGUUCAGUGGGACUCGGUCCCUCAGGCUUGGCUGAGAGUGGGGUCUAUUUGCGAGCUUCUCGGUAUCCCUGUAUCUGAAGCGGUAGUGCUUGAGUCAGGUAAUCACUGCGAGAAAGCCUCUGACGAUGAAAAUGACGACGAGUCGGACUACGACAACGGACUCCGUACCGACAGGUUCAGCAUCAUAGGCCUCUUCAUUCCAGAACGCACCCUGAGAAUACACUACCAUGUUCACAACCAGCUCUUGGAACUUCGCUUAGGCAACGACACUGUUAUCUUCUCGAUGCAAACUGCCGAUGUUUGGUCCGACCUCAAGGCCAUCGUGGAGCACUUCCGCGCGAUCAACGGUCCUACAGAAUUGCCUUUCUGGGGGGGUCUGAUGGGCUUCGUAUCUUAUGAGGCAAGCCUGGAAACAAUUGGCGUUGUUCCGUCAACUCAGCAGGAAGCAUCCUCCCGAGCGGAUAUCUGCUUCGCUCUCAUAAUGAGGAGCAUUGUCGUGGAUCACAGGAAGGAAAUGAUUUACUACCAGACCAUCGAGCGCAACGAUUGGGACUGGCUGCAUCUUGCCAGGACACGGCUGCAGGAACCAUACCAAGAUUUCACGCGGCCCAACGUGCCAAUCUUUCUAGAGACUUCCUGGAGGCCAGUCAUAUCACAGACUCUGAGAGACGAGAUGCGCGUUCCGGACAUCGAUUCGUGGAUUGGAAAGAACACCCAUGUCGCUCGGGAUCAGAUUUUCGUGCACGUCAAGAGGCAUUUCCUGGGGCAGGUGCGGGCGACUGGUAUACGAAACUCGACGUACAGCCGUAAGGUCCAAGAAUGCCAGGAAGCCAUCCGCGCAGGCAACUCUUACGAGCUCUGCCUCACUGAUCAAUCUUGUAUGCGUCUGCCCAUCAGCCCGCCCGAGGCAGGUCUGUCUUGGGUCUUGUACCGCGACCUCGUUGUGAAGAAUCCCGCACCUUUCAACGCCUAUCUACGAUUCGGCCAGGAUGGCCAUGGCGUCCAUACUAUCAGCAGCAGUCCCGAGCGCUUCCUCUCCGUCACACGCAAUGGCAAAUGCCAGUACCGUCCCAUCAAAGGCACCGUCAAGAAACAGCAGGGUGUGACCCGCAAAGACGCCGAAUACAUCCUCAGCUCAAGCAAAGAGCGCGCGGAGAACCUCAUGAUUGUAGAUUUGAUUCGUCACGAUCUCCACGGCGUCGUCGGCGCCGGUAACGUCGAAGUCACCAAGCUGAUGAGCGUUGAGGAGUUUGAGACCGUCUACCAGCUUGUAUCGGUGAUCGAGGGAGAUCUGAAGAAAGCGAAGGAGCCGAAGACGGCGAUCGAUCUGUUGGCGGCCUCGCUGCCGCCUGGCAGCAUGACUGGCGCGCCGAAGAAGCGCUCAUGCCAGAUCUUGCAGGAUAUCGAGACGGAGACUGGGAGACGCGGUGUAUACUCUGGCGUCAUCGGUUAUCUUGACGUCGGUGGUGGAGCGGACUUCAGCGUGGCGAUCCGCACGGCGUACAAGUAUGACGAUGAGGUAACGACGCGCAGGAAGCCUGAUGGGAGUUUGAAGGCUUAUGAUGAAUGGCGGAUUGGCGCAGGAGGCGCGGUGACCAGCCAGUCGACGGCUGAGGGGGAAUACGAGGAGAUGUUGGCGAAGCGGGACGCCGUCGCCAGGGUGUUCAUGCAAUGUAUCAUCUAG